UAUUUACAGUCAACUCAACACAAGUGCUCACAAAUUGACCGCAAAUUCACCACAAAUGACAUGAAAUUUAAAUUUCUUAAAUCAAAGUCACUUUAUGUGACCAUUGGAUCCGUUUCAUUGAUAUCCAGUUUCGGGUAUUUAAGCCAUCGUUUGGUCACAAAAUACAACUUCUUCGCCAAGAAUGACAUCAAAUCCGUGUCUUUAGAUGAGAACAAAGAUUAUAUUUAUUUGACUGAAGAGCUCAGUAAUGAUUACUCGGAGGACUUCGGGUCUUCGCAGUCGAGUUCAACUCAUUUGCAAUUAUUGGGAUUAAUUGAGUCAACAAGUGGUGACAAUCAGGUCUCUGAGGCCGCCUUUUCUGCCAUCACUUCCACUCUUUUCAAUGACUUUCAAUACCGAGAAAUCGCCCAAAACUGUCAUUUCAAGACUGGUCUACGUCUGGCCCGAACUCCAGGCGUGUCCUCCAAACUCUUUUUGCCGCCACUGAAGACUCAUUUCUUGAGAACAACUACUAGUCCUGAACCGGUCUAUGAUUUUAACCAAUUUCUACUAAAUAUGUUCAAAAAGGCCCACAAAUCCGGUGACCACUGCUCUGAAUGCACUAAACUAUUCACUGAAUUAUCAAUUGAAAUGUUGGAAAGAGGACGACAUUCUCGACAAUUGGAUGAAUCCAUUGAUUUCAAUGACAUCCAUAACUUCUUUAAAUCACUUUUGAGUCACAAAACUCCGGAAGUGGAUUGGCUUUACUUACAGGCAAUCGGUCAGAAUAUUCUGUACGACAAAACUCAGUGCCAAACACUGGUCGACAGCGGAUUGUUUCUGGUUUUGCAUUAUUUGCGAAACAAUUUCUCUGAUGAGAAAGUCCACGACUGGGUCGCACAGACAUUGGCUAACCUCAGCGUUCACAAGGAGUUUCACUCACACUUUUGGUCCACUAAUUGGUUCGCAGUAUUAGUUGAUUGGCUUCAAUCGGAUCGACUCGAGUGGAGUCUCUCUGCGGCCAAAAUACUCCACAAUUUAAGUGAAGACUCGAGUGACCACUUGUUUCCCGAAUCCAUAUACUUAUUGCAUCCUUUAUAUUACGACACAUCCAACAAGAACUUUGAUAUAGUUAUGGUUCACGGAUUACUCGGCGGUACUUUCAAGACAUGGAGACAAUGUGAUACAGAAAAAGAUACCAAUGCUUAUACCCGAUGUUGGCCUCAAACAUGGCUCGCAGCAGAAGUGCCAAACUUACGAUUACUAUCUGUGAAUUACCAGACAUUUGUCAGUAAUUGGAAUAUUGAAUGUCAGGACAACACAAGUGUUUUCACUUUAAAACAAAGAAGUUCUCAGUUAUUAAAAGACUUGCUCUCGAGUAGAGUCGGAGAAAAGCCCAUCAUUUGGAUAACGCAUUCAAUGGGAGGACUAAUUGUCAAACAAAUGCUCGUCGAUAUCAAUGAAAGUAAUGAUCCGAAGCUUAAGCCAAUACUAAACCAAACCAAAGGAAUAGUCUUCUAUUCAGUUCCACAUAAGGGCUCAGAUAUAGCCGUUUGGACCCCUUAUCUCCAGAGAAUUAUAUCCCCGUCGAGUGAACUCUUGGAACUCAGGAAAGGUUCAAAAUCUCUUCUUUCACUUCACGAAAGAUUUGUGAAAAUGAUUGAAACUCAAGGAAUCGCUUGUCUGAGUUUCGGUGAAACUCUUAAGAGUAUCAUUUACUGUAUAUCUAAUGUUUGUGCCAUUCAAGUGCCCAAAGACUCUGCAAACCCAGACAUCGGUCACUUCCAUCUCUUAGAUGAAAAUCAUUUCAAUAGUUGUAAACCAAAACACAAGACUUCCGAUAGUUAUCGAAUGGUUUUGCAUUUCAUCAAAAGUAUUGUCAAUAGAAAUAAAGGCGAUGGCGAUGGGAGUGACGAUAAAAUAUCAGUUUUAUUGUCGUCUACAUUCACAUAA